UCUACUAGCUGCUAUUAGUUAAUAAUUUUGCUAAACUUUGUAUCAAUAGUUUACGUAGCUAAAUGGCUAGAGCUUACUUCCAGCCAAUUGUUUUGCCUAAAUCUGAAGAAGAGCUGCCGAAAUCGGUUCCUACGUUGGUCAACUUCUUCGUCUACAAUUCAACUUUCGGUCCUAAAGAAGGCCAGGAACACGAGAAAGUGUUGUUCUACAUGCCCGAUAAGGAGACGUUAGACAACAAGAUCAGAAACAUCGGAUUGUGUGAAGCAAUGGUGCAAUUCACAAGAAAGUUCUCUCCUCAUCGUCCAUGUGAGGCAGUGCAUACUCAGAAGAGAAAACAACUUCUGUUUCAAGCCGAACCCGAGUACUGGAUGGUCAUGACUGUCAGUCUGCCCGGUUUCGAGGCCAGAACGAAGGAUGAUAAGCCUGUAGUUGAAUACAGAGAAGAAGAGGUGCAGGAUGCCGUCUACACCGCCGUUCUUAAACAUACGUACAAGAUGUUUCGGCUGUUCAAUAGCACGUUUGAAAGGAUAUUUGACAGACAAGGCAAAGAGGGACUGAAGCAUCGUCUAGCGCACUUCUUUCUACGAUAUGUUAACACCAUCAGACUACCACAGUUGGAUCUUCUAGACAUUUAUCAAGGAAUUCAAUUUUUGCCGUUGGACAAGCAGUCGUUCUUGAAGAUUCAGUCAUUUGUCAAUCUCGUUGAGCAGACGUUUAGUCAAAUCAAGUACACGGCAUUUCUCUAUACCGAUCAGUUGGUGUGGAGUGGACUGGAACAAGAAGACAUGCGAGUGUUGUACAAAUACUUGACAACGUCACUCUUUCCUCUGCAUUUUAGUGAUAUGGAGACUUUUGCAAGUGGCAUGAAUCCUCCUCCUUCUAGACAAGCUGGUCGCGAUUCUAGUGCAGGUCCACCUCCUCACCCGGGAUGGUUCAUGGUGGGUCCUAGAGAUUUGCGAGAUCCAAAGGCUCCCAUCAACACAGCCAAGAUAUUUGUCAACACAGAGACCGAGAUGGAGGAGCUUCAUCUGAUUGUCUAUCACGCUACGAGUGCAACUGUUUGCUUUAUGGUGACAUCCAGCAUAAUGCUAACAUACGACUUUUGCAAAACUCUGGAUGGAUUUGUAGGCCCUCAGUUGGGCUCACUAGGGAAAAUGAUAUCAGACCAGUUGAGCAAACGCAUAAUGAGUUCUGAUGUUCAGUAUCGUUUCAUCUACUUCAACCACAUGAAUCUUGCCCAGAAGUCAACCGUUCAUCUCAAACGGCCACCUUCCUUAGGAAUUAGUCACUACUCAAUGAGACUGAUUUGUGACAUCAGUGCUGACUUCUCAAGGUCUGAGGAGGAUGGUGAGACGAUUAUGAAAACAGCAGGUGAUUACUGGGUCGUUGCCAAGCGAUCGGAUCAGAGAGAGUUCUACAUCAUAUUGCACAAUAAGAGUGCCAAUCUAAUAGAAGUGAAUGAGGAGGUGAAGAGGAUGUGCGCGAUGCAUUUCAACAAUAUCUUCUUCCUCGACUAGACGGCGACUAACGUUAGAGACAUUUGUAUAUUACAAAUACCGUAGUGUACAGAGAUAUUUUCUAUUAUUAUAAAAUGGUUAACA